AUGAGUAUUCGUCCUGCUACCCACGCAGGUUCUUGGUAUAGCAACAAUCCUACAAAAUUAAAGAACCAACUUGAUCAGUUUUUUGCCAAGGCAAGAUCAUUGAAAACACCCCUUAGUGGCGAAGAUGCCAGCAAUGGCAUUGAUGGCGCAAGAAUACUCAUAGGCCCCCAUGCUGGAUAUACCUAUUCUGGUGAAAGAUUGGCAGAAUCUUUUAAUGCUUGGGAUACCUCAAAAGUCAAAAGGGUGUUUUUACUAGGCCCUUCUCAUCACGUCUAUUUCAAGAACCAUGCAUUACUCUCCCCCUUUGAAUAUUACGAAACACCGUUUGGCAACAUUCCCGUGGAUGUCUCUACCAUUAAAGAAUUGUUAGAUGAGCAAUGCAAACACGGACCUGUUUUCAAGUACAUGUCUGAAGAAAUCGAUGAAGAAGAGCAUUCUUUUGAAAUGCAUGCACCAUUUAUCUAUUACAAAGGCGAAACAGCGAUCCAUGGCUUACCAAAAAUUAUUCCAAUAUUAAUUAGUGGGAUGGAUGGUAAGUUACAAGAAGGUAUAGUGAACUCAUUGCUUCCAUAUUUGGACAAUGAAGAGAACCAUUUCAUAAUUAGCUCUGAUUUUUGCCAUUGGGGUUCAAGGUUUGGCUAUACAAAAUACUUGUCAUCUGGAGAAACUACUUUGGAUACGUUGAGUGAUAAUAUCACAUCGCUAGGUAGUUUGCACCGACCAAAAGGGUUGCAGAUUUACAAAUCAAUUGAAUUGCUAGAUAAAAUUGCCCUUCAAAUUGCUACUAAUGGCUCCUCUGCUGCUUGGUCUAAGUAUAUUGAUAUCUCCGGUAACACUAUUUGUGGACAAAAGCCUAUUCUCAUUGUGCUUAAAUUAUUGGAAAAGUACAAUAAUAAUUCUUCACUGCGAGGAAAUACAUUUAAUUGGAUCGGCUAUUCUCAAAGCAAUCCAGUCCAAAGAACGAGUGAAAGCAGUGUUUCCUAUGCAUCUGGAUAUGUUAGAUUAUGA